UAAAAUUGUAGAUCAAAGUCUCUAUGAUAUUCAUCUUGGCGGCAUCGACGCUAUUUCUCUUGAUUUUAGCCGGAAAUGGAGACAAUUCCACUGCUGCUGGAAAGGGUUUUAAUACCAAGAUUGUUGGUGGUGAGGAUAUCGACAUAAUGGAAGCACCAUAUCAGGUAUCUGUGCGUCUGGUUCAACGCGAAAAUGGAAAAUAUGGCAGUGGUCACAUCUGCGGCGGAGUUGUCAUCACCCAGCGCUUGAUCGUGUCAGCGGCCCACUGUACCUUCGCACCAAAGAAAAAAGGAUUUCGAAGGGCUCGUGAAUAUGUACUGAUCAUGGGCAGCACGUUCCUCAGCAAAAAAGAUACUACAACGCUCCAAUAUAAUGUGCAGAUGGUGGUUAAUCAUCCCAGCUAUGACCACGAAACAUACAUUAACGAUAUAACAUUGUUUUUUAUAAACGGUUACAUACCAUGGAACUCGGAGGUAACCGCUCUGCCGCUUAGCACAAGACAAUAUUCAGUGGGUACCAAAUGUGUUGUCUCCGGCUGGGGUUCCCAAGAAACUGGUGGUAGCAGAAGCAAUAGCCUGCAGGCGGCAGAGAUACCGAUAAUCAGCCGUGCGGAGUGCAUCAGAAGCUACGGCAAUAUACCCGUUACACAGAUAUGUGCAGGGUAUAUGCACGGGGGCACCGACUCCUGUCAGGGCGACUCCGGCGGUCCGCUGCAGUGCCACAACACGUUGGUGGGCAUCGUCUCCUACGGCGGAAAGUGCGCAGAGAAGGACUACCCGGGCGUCUACACGAAUGUCAUAAAGUACACCAACUGGAUAUAUCGUAUCAAUAACUCCUUCGAUUAUUCGAUUUAUAAAAACGGAUCGCUACAGUUAACGGUUUGGCCAACAAUUCUCGCUGUAUUUAUAUUAGCCAGCUACUAAAUUAAGACUCAUGCAAAGUGCAUUCCUUGUUUACAAUUGCCAGCCUUCGAAUGCGAACGCUCUUGGCUAAAAGUAUUUUGAUUGUAUCUUGUGGGGUAAAUAGUAGAGUCUUGUCAGAACGUGGCCCUCAAGUGUAGUCUCAGUCCCGUGAUUGGUCAAUAAAAAUGUCAUUCUAUCUAAUCAAUAAA